AUGCGCCAAAUCUGGACUGCGCCCAAGCGGACAACACCAGACGUUGUCAGUACUGGUGAGUUUGGGGUUUUGUCUGAUCGUGAUCGCGUUUUGAUUGUGAUUGCUUUUACGCGCUGCGGAACUGACCGCUUGAAUAGGGAAGGCAAUGAUGGACCAUGGUCUUCAUUUCCCAUCUUGGUCGGCUCACCUGCGCAAGAUACUCGAGUCCUGAUAUCGACAGCUUCGACAUCAACAUGGGUGGUUGCAGUUCAAGGCUGUCAAGGUUCUAAUAUCCCCUCUAAUUGUUCCACGACUCGCGGCUCUCCUUUCAACAUCUCGGCCAGCACGUCUUGGUUGGACAACGGCCCCUGGGGUUUAAAUAUCGAAUCCAACUUGGGAACGAAUUAUGCGGCUGAUGAAGGACAAUUUGGUUGGGACACGGUGGGGUUGGGGUUCCAAGGCAGCGGAGGACCGACGUUGAAUCACACGGUUGUUGCUGGAUUACAAACGAUGGAUUAUUAUAUCGGGAUGUUGGGCUUGAACCCCAGGCCGACAAAUUUUUCCGACUUCAAUCAUCCCCAGCCUUCCUAUCUUAGUCUAUUGUAUGAGGACUUGAAGAUACCGAGUCUGAGCUACAGCUAUACGGCUGGAGCACAGUAUAGGUUGAACAAGGUGCUGGGAAGUUUGACGUUGGGUGGAUACGAUGAUUCUCUGUUUGAGGAUAACAGUGUUACAUUUCCUUUCUAUUACGAUCAAUCGAGGGAUCUUACAGUCGGACUCAAAUCCAUCACCGGAAGCGGUGGAGAAUCACUACUCCCUAAUGGUAUACUGACUCUCAUUGACACCACCGUCUCGCAAAUAUGGCUCCCCCUCGAAGCAUGCACCGCUUUCGAGUCCACCUUUGGCCUUGUAUACGACGAGACGACAGAAUUAUAUCUCGUCAACGACACACAGCACACUGCAUUGCAAACGCAAAACACCAGUCUUACUUUCACUCUCGCACCCACACUCGCAGGCACAGCCAGCAUUAAUAUCACAUUUCCUUACGCAGCAUUUGACCUCGAGGUUUCCUACCCCCUUGUUAACACCACACAACGUUAUUUUCCCCUACACCGCGCAGACAACGAUACCCAAUACACGCUCGGCCGCGUCUUCCUCCAAGAAGCCUACCUAACCGUCGACUACGGGCGCUCCAACUUCUCCGUCUCGCAGCGCAAAUGGGAGCUCAACGCCGCCAAGCAUACCGUUGACAUACUCCCCAAGAACCUGACUGAUACCUCAUCAGGCAAUGGCACUACUAUCCCCGGCGCAACAGCAAAAAAGACAACAAAAACCAGCAUCGGUGCCAUCGUAGGCGGAAUAAUAGCAGGCGUGGCUGCCAUCGCCGCCCUCGCAUUCGGCGUCUGGUUUUUCCUCCGCCACCGCCGUCGCGCUGCAGCAGAACAGAAAUCCGCCGAGCUCGCGCAGGCCAUCGAGCGCGCCGCACAGGCAGAACAAGAGCACAAAGCUGCUCUGGCAGCCGGAAACACAAAUUCGAACGGACAUGAAAACGAUCUCGGCAUCUUUGGGGACCCAUAUCCAGCGGCGUAUAAGCAUGAGCUCGAUACGCCGGGCGAGAAGACGCCGGAGAUGUACGGAUCCAGCCAUUACGGCAACGUGGAGAUGAGCGCCGAGGAGCUGAUGGCGGAGUUGGCGGCCAGGGAGGAGAGUACGGUGGGGAGGUUCGAGUUGGAGGCGCCGCAUGAACUGGCUGAGUUGAGUGGUGAAGAUCGGAGGAGGAUGGAUUGGCAGGGUUUACCUAGCCAACAACAGCAGCGGAAUGCAAGGAGGGAUAUUGAUACGCCAGCUAGGAGUACCGGGACCCCGAGUCCGAGGCCUUUUAGUUGGCAGCAGCAAUGA